AUUUCUCCCUACAUUUAUGAUCUGCUUCUACCUCACACCCUUUCUUCUUCAUUUCUACUUCACCACCUUCGCUUUUACCGACGCUGCCAACGUCAUGAAGCUUCAUCACGGCGGCUUACUCAUUCUUUUGCUUGCUUUCUGCACUUGGCCUUCAGUCCUGUCGGACCUGAGUGAUCCAAAGCCAAGGCACUCACGUCUGUUUAAGACUGCAUUACAACACCAAGAUUUGAAUGAUCAUGAUUCUGAUCUUUGGACCCCUUUGCGCAAUCAAGGAUGGAAACCCUGUUUUGAAUCUACUUCCCCUUCUUCGUCUUUGCCGGAGUCUUCGGGAUACAUCCAAGUGUUCCUUGAUGGAGGAUUGAACCAACAGAGGAUGGGGAUUUGUGAUGCAGUUGCUGUUGCCAAAAUACUCAAUGCAACUCUUGUAAUCCCGUAUCUCGAAGUCAAUCCUGUUUGGAAAGACACGAGCACUUUCAUGGAUAUCUUUGAUGUGGAUCACUUUAUCAACGUUUUGAAGGAUGAUAUCUCGAUAGUUAGGGCGUUGCCUGAUGAAUACAUGUGGAGCACGAGGGAAUAUUACGCCUCGGCCAUUAGAUCCACCAGAGUUAAAAACGCACCACUUCAUGCCUCCGCAAAUUGGUAUCUGGCAAACGUCUCUCCCGUCCUAGACAGCUAUGGAAUAGCUGCCAUUUCUCCAUUUUCCCACCGGCUAGCUUUUAACAACAUGCCCGUGGACAUCCAACGGUUACGUUGCAAAGUCAACUUUGAAGCUUUGGUGUUCAUUCCUCAUAUUACAAGUCUUGGAGACGUGCUGGUCAAUCGCCUCCGGUAUCCUGCUGUUGAAAGGAGUUACCUUCAACAAGUUGUUGAUACAAAAGGAGCAGGAAAGUUUGUUGCCUUACACCUUCGGUUUGACAAGGACAUGGCUGCCCAUUCAGCAUGCGAUUUUGGUGGAGGAAAAGCAGAGAAGAAGGCUCUGGCUAGAUAUCGGCAAGCGAUUUGGCAGGGACGGGUCUUGAACUCUCGGUUCACCAAUGAGGAAUUGAGAAACCAGGGUCGUUGUCCUUUGACCCCAGAAGAAAUUGGUUUGCUGUUGGCUGCUUUGGGAUUUGAUAACAGUACCCGCUUAUAUCUUGCUUCACACAAGGUAUAUGGUGGUGAAGCUCGGAUCUCAGCCUUACGGAAACUAUUUCCACAAAUCGAAGAUAAAAAGAGCCUUGCAUCGGCAGCGGAAAGGGCCCAAAUAAAAGGGAAAGCUUCGUUAUCGGCUGCUGUCGAUUACUAUGUCAGCAUGCAUAGUGAUAUCUUCGUUUCUGCAUCUCCUGGAAACAUGCACAACGCAGUGGUGGGACACCGAACUUAUCUGAAUCUGAAGACGAUCAGGCCAAACAUGGCGUUACUGGGACAGGUGUUCAUGAAUAAGAGCAUGAGUUGGUCAGGUUUCCAGGAAGCAGUGAUCGAAGGGCAAAGAAACCGACUGGGUGAGAUUAAGGUACGAAAAGCGAAACAAUCCAUAUACACAUACCCUGUUCCUGAUUGCGUGUGUCAACAAGGAUGAUUGAUUAAGCAGCAACAUCGUUUCCUCUUCAAACGAAAAGCCACUUGAUGAACUGAUAUACGGUAUGUAGUUUGACUGCACCUACAUAAAUAAGUUGCUGCUAUUUAUUUGUUUGAUCUCUCCUAUGUUGUUGUAGUUGGCCUAUGGGUGUCUCGGGAGGGUCAUACACCAUUGUAGUUCGUACGUAUUUGCUAAUAUGAUUAUAAACAUAACGGGCGAGUUUACUGUUUAACAUGUAUUAUUUAAGAAGUUCGUAGUCGUGUUGUAUUUGAUCCAUUGGUUGUAAUACUAUUACCAGUUUCACAUA